CCUCUUCCUCCCGCAACCAAAGAUGUCGGUCCCUCCGAUAUCAAAACUCAAGAAAAUGACAGAAGAGAUUGUCAUGCAAGCUCUUGAAGACCGUACUUUGAGUUCCUUAACCCCUCGACUGAUUCGCCAAAAGGUCGAAGAGAAAGCGGGUUUAGAGUCUGGUAGUCUGGAUGACAAAAAAUAUAAAGGUCCUAUUGGAGAUGCAAUAAAAGCGGCCCAAUCUAAAACAUCAAAGGCAAAGAAGGAGGAUGUGGCUUCAGCUUCGGAACCACCUGAAGAAGACGAUGGGAGUGCUGGUGCCAUCAGCGACGGACCAAGAGAAAAACUCAAAGGAAAGAAAAGAAAGUCAAUCGAGGCCAAAUCGACCAGUCGUGCAACCGCAACCGCGAAGAAUCAGAACUUCAAAUCAGCUGAGUUCGUCCCCACCUCAGAUAUCGAAGCAGAUGAACCCCCUUCAGGAGAUGUUGGAGAUGUACCCAGCAAGGGCGAAGAUAGCGAAACUCAGAAGCCACCUCCCAAAAAACGCAGGAAAACUAAAAACAAAGGACCUAUCUCGUCCUUGUCGCCCAAGCCAGAAUCUGGAUCCUCCUCGAAACGACCAAGUUCCCUUACGGUUGCUGAGGAUUCCAAAGCAGAGUCCGACAUUUCUGAUGUGGUCGAUGAACCUCCGAAACCGAAACGACAGGGAAAGGUGAAGGAUAAAUCGGAGAAGACCGCAAAGAAGAAGAAAGCGGCUCCAGCGCUAAGUAAAGACGAAGCCACCAUAAAGCGCCUGAAGGGCUUCGUUAACGCAUGUGGCGUACGCAAAGUUUGGGUAAAGGUCUUCAAAGGCGUCGAAGAUCAACCGUCCAAGCAGAUCAAGAUAUUGAAGGACAUACUCGCUGGAUUGGGUAUGACCGGUCGACUGAGUAUGGAACAGGCGAAAGCGAUCAAGGAGAAGAGGGAUUUGGCUUUGGAGUUAGAGGAUGUCCAGAAUUUUGAAAAAGCAGUGGUCCAACAGGUGCCUCGUGGGUCUCGGAGAAUUCAAGAAGAAGAGCAUUCGGGAUCCGAUUCGGAGGAGGCGGAGGAAGAGAUCACUAAACCUGUUAAACGGAAGAAUGCGAGACAGAGCAUUAUGGCGUUCUUGGAAGAUCAGAGUGAUUCCGACUAGGUUUAUCUGUUUAUUUAUGCAUUUAAUCUUACGUUGUGCCACCUAAUUUCAUCCAUAUUCCAUGAUAUAUCAUAGUACAGUUUCAUGUAUUUUCCUCAAAUCCCAUUUGUGUCACAUUCCCAAAGGAAC